AUGGCUGGUCGUUUAGAUCGAGGUGAUCGAUACGUCCGAAAUGACAGGAGCCGCUCCUACCGAGAUCGGAGAGAGGCUGUAGGUCGAGAUCAUGGCAACCCUCCCAGUGGCAACCACUAUGGGAACCAGAAUCAGGGCUUUCGGGAUCGCCGGGACCGAGACCAUCGAGACAGGGAUGUUCGAGAUGUCAGGGAGGAGCUACCAGCCCUCCGGCGCCCGGACCGUCCAGACCGUCAAGACCACCGUCAGGACCGUCAGGAGCCCAGGCGCGAGAGUGCUCGCGGCCGUCCCAAUCUUACGCCAAGGAACUAUGACGACGACUUCCGUCAUGAUUCGCGAUACCGCCGUGGCAAAGGUGGCCACGUAAACGAUCGGGAUCGCCACGACCAGUAUUCGGAUGAGCGCUACGUUCAUCAUCACCCAGACCGCUACGCGGAACAGCAUGACUGGGAGCACCAUGAACGAGACAGAUCCAACAGGGAGCGAUACCCCGAAAGGGACUUCCGGCCGAAUCGUGAAAGGGACCAGCGGCUCGAAAGGGAUCGGUUUGAUCGCCGCCCUGACCGAGACCCUGACCGGGACCGACAGGACCGACAUGGCUUCCGCGAUGAGCGGGACACGGCCAGCGGCGACCGCGGCGGGCGGAGACGCCAAGACUACGACGUGCAUCGACAUGGUGAAGAGCGCCAUGUGGACUACCGCGAAGCAGACUACCAAAACAGUUACAACGACGUGGCUAAUCAUUCCAGGAGCCGUCGUGUGCGAAAGGUGAUGGUCAAGGAAAGGAAGCCUGAUGUUCGGCUAACGCGCGACCGAGGGGAGGCAGCUACGGCGAGUGGUGGAUUCCGGGAGGAUGAGAGAGAAGCUCGUGCAGAGACAGCGCGGGGCGACUACGUCCAACCAGGUAGCGACAGACCACGCAGGGCACGUGAUGUGCCCGCGGACCGAAGACCGAAACUCGGUCAGCGCCCCAGGCAGGACCGGUCGGCUCGUGAUCGGAAGGCUCGGGAAGAGGGGCCAAGGCAGCCCCGGGAGCAGGAGGCACCUGGCAGGGACCUCAGGCGCUCGGAUGCGUCCAAGCACGAGGUUCCCGCUAAGGCUGACAUAAGCACUCCGAAACCACCAUCCCAGAACCAGGAGCCGCAGGAGGAGCACGCCAAGGCGCCCGAAAAACCGGGGGCCGCGCCUGAGCAGCCUCCCGAGGCUUCUGGCCAAUCAGGUGCUCAGAGCCCUGAGGAGGGUGAGACCGGAUCUUCAGAGAGUAGCUCGGACGACUGCAACUCUCAGGCCGACUUCAGCGGCUCCGAGGAGAACUUCGCCGUGGCGGUGGCAGAGGAGGCGCAGACGGAGCAACCUGCGAAAGCAGAGGCCCCCGCCUCGAACGUCAAGGACGGCAAGACGGAUUCUGUCAUGGAGCCGGUGGAAGGCCGGAAUGGGUCGCAGAGCGACACGAGCCGAAGCAUCCCAGUCCCAAAGCACCUGUGCAAGCAGGUCGCAGGUCUUUGUGCCGCAUCCCAGACCAAGUUUGAUAUCCAGGACAAGACGGCGCCUUUUGCCCGGGUCACUGUGUCCGGAAGCGAGAAGGCGGUCGAAACUGUUUUGACCAAGAUCCGUGUCCUUGGGCACAGGAGCCACGAUGCUGUGGAACUCUGCGUCGCAAAGAAUGCGCAGGGUCAGCUGCAAGGCUGGACGCAGGAAAAGAUCGGUCGGGCGACGCAGGCUUCUGCGAGCUUCUCGCACGACAAGGACAACCUCCGCAUAGCGCUCAAGGGAGCUCCAGCUGCCGUGGACAAGGCGUGGCUCUUGGUGGUCAAGGCUGCACUGGGCAAGGCACAGAAAGGUCUCGGACCAGAUUCAUAG